AUGUCGGGGCAUCCGCGGAAGAAAUUGGCCAUAGGAGCCUUCCUUAUUAAGUUUGAUAUGAGAACAGGAAAUAGCCUGAUCUGGUCAAAGUCACAGCCAGGUAUUGAAAUCGAUUGGGAAGGAGUCGAAUUCAUGGCCAUGCCAUCAGGACUGCAUUCAAGACAAUCCGAUGUGAUUCGGUUUGUGCUCAGUAACCCCCUCGAAAGAGUGACUCGUACAGGUUCUACCCGAGACAGGCUAUUGGGUGAUGAGGCAUUCGGCUACCUUAAGAAUAAUAUCGAGGGUAUCGCGGUGUUCAAUCAAAACUUCCAUAGAGGUGACGCUACUACAACGAGAAUAAAUGUCAGAAGCACGAUUCAGAUGUACUCUUUGGGUGUUCUAUGUACCAAGAGCGACUCGGAAAUUUCUUCAAAGUGCUGGGGAUUUGUUGAUAUACUGACUGAAUUACUCACAACUUUUAUGAACUUGAACCAAGAUAAUCACCAAGUUCAUGAAACUUUAGAUUUCAGACCAUUCGAGAGCUUGUUGCAAUAUGAUGAUAAUGGUGAGCUUCAAACACUUUCUCUCUCACCCCCCAGACUAUCCGCAAAACCGUUAAACUUGGCCCCUCAUCACCCCAUACUUUCGACUACAGAAUUGCUGGUUACCUAUGGACCGCUGAUUUUUGAGAUAUGGAAAGCAGCCUUAUUGAGGGAUAAGAUUCUGCUCAUGGAUAAAUCGAACUCCAUAUCCGUUGAUGAUAUGUGUAAAUUUGUCUAUAUAAUAAGUGUGUUUGGUACCGUUCCCAACGAUGUUUUCGAUCUGAUUCCUCGAAACAAGCAGCAUUCUCUAUCCACAGCAACAAACCCUAUUUAUAAUGUCAAUGUGUCAGAUAUUACUUCGCUGAGUCAUUUGAAGCAUUUCAUAGCUACGACCACCGAUGAAAUUUUGCUUGAGAAAGAGUAUUUGUAUAAUAUGACUGUUGUCAAGACCGGUGACAGGGCUAUAGCCGCUACUACAUCUACAACGGACUUUUAUGGUAAUUUGAACACCAUGCCUAUAUCAGCAGGUUUUCAUGAUAAAAGACGGUUUCAAAUUUUAAUUUCCGGGUUGGGAAUAGAGACACCACACCAUACUAGUGGUCAGAGCAUCCUAGCCCAUGUUUGUAGCAACAUUUCCUCGCUAUUCUCGUUGACUUCCUUAUAUGGGCUAUUAUGGUGGGCAACAGCCGGAGAACAAGCAAACUCCGACACUGAUAGGUAUCUGGAAGGACUUCCCUUGUUAACACAAACGCAAGUCGAAAGCUCCUCUCAUGUUGCUGGUCAGCGAGCCUCUAGCUAUGCAACUGAAUCCCCUUAUUUUAACGCGAUUUCCGAAUUGAGCCCUCCCCAGCCAUCAGCUACCAUGGAACCCUGGCAAAUAUCGGUCAUAGGUUACUUUCAGGCCAAGACCCGGAGAAUAUUUGAAACUGUCGCGUCAAUAGUAGAGUCACAAGAUCAAGAUCAGUCAGAGACCUCGUUGCAGACGGUGAUCUCGAUUGAACCCCCAGAUUUGAUGGACAUGGGAUUAGAUCCCAUUAGUUUACGAGAUCAUGAGUUUGUUGUGAAGUUUAUUAGCUUAUGGUGGGGAAGGCCUGCUCGUGUGAACCAUGUUUGCUGUUAA